UGGUAAGCGGACACAUUUGGUACUUACACCGGCACGUCUAGUUCCUAGGGUGACGGUUCAAUGACAACAACGUUGUUAAAUAAGUGGAUUUGUUUUUAUCUGACACCUUCGGUUAUAUCAAGUUGACUCGUCUGAACGUCUGUUCAGAUGCCGGCUGGUGUCUCAUGGCCUCGGUACCUAAGAAUGCUUGGGGCCAGUGUGUUCUCCAUGUUUGCCGGAGCUCAGUUGGUCCAUCUAUAUUACCUACCUGAUCUGAGUAUACCAGAUGUACCACCAAAACCUGGAGAGCUGAAAACUACAAUGCUUGGCAACCAAGCCAGAGAAAAGGCUUCAAAAGCACUAAGGAGCUGAGGUUGCAGAUGAGGCCCAUAUGCUUUUGAAGCUGUAUAAUCAUAUCCAAACGUGUUGAACAAUUACAAUCUAAUGCCUUAAUUUGACUUUUGCUGACUCCCCUGAGAAUACAGUGUUCGGUUUUGUGAAAAAAGAUGGAAAGAAGAAUUGCAUAGUGGUUGUUGCAAUGUGGACGAGUAGUCUUCCAAUGGACAUAAUGUGUGUCCUAAAUUUACGACUAAAUAUUUUCUACCUAGUUUAAUGAAACUUCUUGACAAUGUGAAACUAUUAACUGUAACUCAAGAACAAACCUAUACUUCAGAGGGAAUUUGUUCGAAUUUGUUACGUUAUGCUUUGUGUGACCCUUUUUGUUCAGACUACUGGUUUCCUUGUCCUCAUUGUCACCUACUCAGAGGAUCUUUGGAUCGAUAAUACACCCUGGAUGAACAACUGCAACAUGAUGGUGAUGGAUGUGAUGCAGAAACUCUUUAUUUCUGUUAAGUUCAGGAGCUCUUACAGUGCUUGAUCCUGGUUCUGGGCAUUUAUUUCCCUGUGAAUCAAGUUUCGCAAGAACUGUCUGUUCUGAAGUGUAUGUGAUGCCUCUGCCAUGUACAAAAACACAAAUAAAUGAACAUUGUUU